AUGCUUCCCAGGUAGGUAGGUGAAGGAGGUUGUUUCUUUCAGGUUCCUCCCAUUUACGCUGGCUGAUGGUUGUCUGUUGUUGUUGCUGUUGGUAUUGGCCAGGAAUCUUCAUCACCUCUGUUUUCUCUGUGUUUACUUGGAGUCUUAUCUUUGAUGCUUCUUCUGCCAACUUGUUGCUUUUCACUUGAAAAUCUUCCAGUGUGUGGGAAAUCAGAUAUAUACAUGUUAUCGGCGAAGUCCAGACCCGCCAAGUUUUUUGUGCGAGUCCAUUUUAUGCCUGUUUCCUCAUUGCCUGGACCUCUGUUUGUUGCAUUACCCAGUCUAUCGGAAUCAAGAAAAUCAUUAGAGACAGUAGGCAGCCGGCCAGCCAGCUUGUCUUACUCGCGUUUCACUUCGAAGGAUUCCGUAAGUUUCCCAUUGUGGAUUACUUGGCAUGCAUGAAUCUGCUUGCGCGAAAGAAAAGUAGUGAUUAUCUUAAACCAGAAUUUAUAAAAUCUCAGCUUAUAUAUACAGCCACUUAAUCAUCGUUCCUCAGUAUGGCGACACUUUUGCGUUAUCGAAUUGG